AUGGACAAUGAGAACCUCACCCACUGCUUUCCUUCAGUGAUCGUAGGGCUCAUAUCACACGGGCCUAUGAUCAUAAAUCCCAAACUGCUACCGCACCCGAAAACCCUUCUUGAUUUCCAAGCCAUCCUUCAAAAUGCUUAUAGCCAGGAUCCUGAUGAAAUUCCAUCGUCCCAACGGCCUAGGCUCGUUUUAGUGAAUAGAAAUGCUAAAGUCGGCCGCAUGAUUAUGAACCUGGAAGAAGUUAUAAAGACGGCAAAUGAGGUGGGGUUUGAUGUAACCAUCUUCGAACCAGCACGAAACACUUCGUUGGUGGAAUCAUUCAAGCUAAUUCAUGCAAGCCAUGCAAUGUUGGGGGUGCAUGGUGCAGCAUUGACAAAUUUCUUGUUCCUUCGUCCGGGUUCUGUGUUAAUGCAGGUGGUGCCAAUUGGGACACAAUGGUUAUCGGAUACGUAUUUCAGAAAUCCAGCUAGGGUUUUGGGAUUGGAGUAUUUGGAGUAUAAGAUUAAAGCAGAGGAAAGUAGCUUGGCAGAAAGAUAUGGGGCUAAUGACACAGUGCUAACGAACCCAAAAGCGUUUACCAGAGGAAAUUGGAAACACAUGCAUGUAUAUCUCAAAACCCAAAAUGUCAAGUUUGACAAGGUUAAGUUGAAGAGAUACUUGAAGAAUGCUUAUAGAAAGGCCAAGAUAUUCAUGGACAAGGAAAGUUAG